UUAUGGAUAAAUAUAUUAUUUUGGGUAAAAUUGGUGAAGGUGCUCAAGGAUUAGUUUUAAAAGGACAUCAUAGAUUUAUCAAACAAGAAGUUGCAUUAAAAAGGGUACUUUUAAAAAAGGUAGAGGAAGGCAUACCUGUAUCAGUCAUAAGAGAAAUUAAAACGCUUCAACAGUUAAAACAUCCUUAUGUUAUAGAACUAUUAGAUUCUUUUCCAUUGGGUUUAGAUUAUAUAAUGGUUUUUGAGUAUAUGCCUACAGGAUUAUGGGAAAUAUUGAAGGAUAAUAAUAUUUCAUUAACAAUACCACAAAUAAAAAUAUAUAUGAAAAUGCUUUUAGAGGGCGUUGCAUAUGUACAUGAGAAGAAUAUAAUACAUAGGGAUUUAAAACCUGCUAACUUAUUAAUCAAUAAUGAAGGUAUUUUAAAAAUAGCUGAUUUUGGAUUAGGAAGAUUAUUGUGGGAGGGCAUUUCUAAACCAUAUUCUCACCAAGUUGCUACAAGAUGGUAUAGAGCUCCUGAAUUAUUAUAUGGAGCAAAAUAUUAUACUGUAGCUAUUGAUAUGUGGUCUGUUGGUUGUAUUUUUGGUGAAAUGUAUAAUAAUUCACCCUUGUUUCCAGGAGAAACAGAUAUUGAACAAUUGGCAAUAGUAUUAAAAUAUUUAGGAUCUCCUACUACUGAGUCAUGGCCAGAAUUGAGUACACUACCUGAUUACAAUAAAAUAACGUUUCCAUAUAAUAAAGGUACAACAUGGGAAAUUAUUGUACAGGAUGCAGAACCAGAAACUAUUGAUUUAAUAAAACAAAUUCUUAUAUAUAAUUCAUCAAACCGUCUUUCUGCUAAAGAGGCAUUGCAACAUACGUAUUUUUAUUGUAAACCUUAUCCGUCUGCAGAAAAUUUAAUAAAACCAUCACAAGAUCAUCGGCUUUUGGUAAAGCCUAAAGAAGUUGAAGUUACUAUUCCAAUAACAACUCUUUUUAAAACACUUCUAAAUACUACAUAAUAAUACAUAUAUAUUUUUCGUGUUUAAUAAAAAUCAUUUAUUUA